AUGGCUAAGGAAAUCGCUGAUAUCAAACAAUUUUUGGAAUUGACCAGAAGAAACGACGUUAAAGUCGCUACCGUUAAGGUUAACAAGAAAUUGAACAAGGCUGGUAAGUCUUUCAGACAAACCAAAUUUAAGGUUAGAGGUAGCAAGAGCUUGUACACUUUGGUCGUCAAUGACGCUGGUAAGGCUAAGAAGUUGAUCCAAUCUCUACCACCAACUUUGAACGUUAACAGAUUGUAA